AUGACUGAUACACGAACACUUUCAUCAUCAUCGUCUCCUACAACAAAUCAUGUUAAUGGUACAAAUACAGCAUCAUCAUUACCUGCUGAUCUAAAUAAUGUUAAUGGUUUAACAGCUUAUGUUAAUACAAUUUUUCAUCAAAUGGAAGAAAAAUUUCUUGCUGCAAGUGAUCAAGUUAUGAAUCGUAUGAAUGAAUUAGGCAGAAAAAUUGAUACACUUGAAUCAAAUCUUGGUGAUAUUAUUUCACAUUUACCAUCAGAAGAAUCAACAACACCAGGAUCAUCACAAUCAGUAACAGGAACAACAACACAACAAUAA